AUGGCGCCCCGAGCCCUCAUCCUGCUGCUCUCGGGGGCCCUGGUCCUGACCGAGACCCGGGCGGGCUCCCACUCCCUGCGGUAUUUCUACACCGCCGUGUCCCGGCCCGGCCGCGGGGAGCCCCGCUUCAUCGUCGUCGGUUACGUGGACGACACGCAGUUCGUGCGGUUCGACGGCGACGCCGCGAGUCCGAGGAUGGAGCCGCGGGCGCCGUGGGUGGAGCAGGAGGGGCCGGAGUACUGGGAACAGAACACACGGAACGUCAAGGACACCGCACAGAAUUUCCGAGUGUGCCUGAACAACGUGCGUGGCUACUACAACCAGAGCGAGGCCGGGUCUCACACUUUCCAGAGGAUGUACGGCUGCGACGUGGGACCGGGCGGGCGCCUCCUCCGCGGGUACCUUCAAUACGCCUACGACGGCGCCGAUUACAUCGCCCUGAACGAGGACCUGCGCUCCUGGACCGCGGCGGACGCGGCGUCUCAGAUCACCCAGCGCAAGUGGGAGGCGGCCGGUUGGGCGGAGCAACAGAGGGCCUACCUAGAAGGAGAGUGCGUGGAGUCGCUCCGCAGACACCUGGAGAACGGGAAGGAGAAGCUGCAGCGCGCAGACCCGCCAAAGACACACGUGACCCACCACCCCGUCUCUGACCAUGAGGCCACCCUGAAGUGCUGGGCUCUGGGCUUCUACCCUGCAGAGAUCACCAUAACCUGGCAGCGUGAUGGGGAGGAUCAGACCCAGGACACGGAGCUUGUGGAGACCAGGCCUGCAGGGGAUGGAACCUUCCAGAAGUGGGCGGCUGUGGUGGUGCCUUCUGGGGAGGAGCUGAGAUACACGUGCCAUGUGCAGCAUGUGGGGCUGCCUGAUGCCCUCACCCUGAGGUGGGAGCCGCCUCCUCAGCCCAUCAUCCCCACUGUGGCCAUUGUUGCUGUCCUGGUUAUCCUUGGAGUUGUGGUCGCUGGAGCUGUGGUUGUAUGUGUUGUGAUGUGGAGGAAGAAAAGCUCAGGUGUAAAAGGAGGGAGUUAUGCUCAGGCUGCUAGCAGUGACAGUGCCCAGGGGUCUGAUGUGUCUCUCACAGCUUGUAAUGCAUGAGACAGCUGCCUUGCGUGGGACUGAGUGAUGCUAGAUGCUAGAUCCCCUUUAUGACUUAAGACGCUUCUUUCUGCAAAUGGCAUCUGAAUGUGUCUGCACUCCUAGUAGUAUAAUGUGAGAUGUGGAGGACCAGCCCACCCCUAUCCACCAAGACCUCUUCUCACCCUGACCUGUGUUCCUUUUCCAAUCAACUUGCCUCUAAGCAUAAGCGGGGCUGGGAGGUCUCCACCCCUGUCUUAACUUCAUGGUGCACUGAGGGGCAACUUUUUACUUCUCUCAUGAAAAUAAGAAUCUGAAUAUGUUUGUUUUUUCAAAUUCUUGCUGUGAGGGGUUGACAGAUUAAUUGAAGGGAAGGAAGAUUUGUAAAAUUUGAGAGUGGAAAUAAAUGGAAACAAUGAAAACUUUCUAGAAUCCGUGUUUGCUGUGCUACGUCUGUUGCAGGUGGGGACAGGGGAAGACUGUGAUGAUCUGAACAUGUAUGGGGCCUGUGCCCAGUCUGUGCUCAAUCUGUCGUGGGCUUUGACAUAGUCAUUCCUUAG